AACUCUCAAUGGGGAUGCCCUUACAUCAUAUUUAGCCUUGACUUAGCCCAUUCUCAUCACAGAACGGGUCAAUUAAAUUAUUCAUUAGGCUGUAUUAUAUUUAUUUAUCUCCUCUUCAGCCCACCGUUUGGUCUAUUAUAUUUAACAUUUACGUGCAGAAAAAGCCGUGUGGAGAGUUAACAAAUACGCUUUUAUUUGACUGUGAUUCAGUGUUCUCAGUAUAUAUCUUCUUUAUACUAUUGAUGUAGAGACCUCUCUGGAAAACAAACGUUGAAACCCUAUUUUCUCUUUGCAGUUAGUUAGAUACUUUUCAUUCUUCAGAGACCGACCAUGGCAGGGAACAUGUUCUGAUAAGAAGCCGCAAAUGUCAUUGUCCUCAACAAAAGCAUCAUCAGAAUCUUAUACCAGCAAAAGUCACUGAAUGAAGUCUGUUUCAUCAAUAGGUGGGUAUACGGAAUUGUAUUGGUGUACACAGAAAAGCUUGAUAGAAUCUAAAGUACAAUGUAUUUAAAGGCUGAUAUACAACUGUCUGUAAGUCAUUGAGUUACUGCCUCAUCUCUUGAUCAGAAGUUAUAUCUCUUUUGGUUAAAAAUUAUAUAUCAAACCGACUUAUCAAUUUGACUUGGCUCCACCUAGAAGCAUAUAUUAAUCACAUCCAUUGGCUUAUGUUUGUUCGAUAACAGCAUCCAGAGAUCAGAAAAUGUCAUUGACACAGCCAUCACAGGUUCUUUAGAGGUCGUACAGACCAGCUUUUCAUUUAUUAUUCUAGAGUUACAGUUUAUGGUGCGUGAAAGCUAAUUUGCUGGCGCAAAUGAUGGCUCGAAGACACAUCUGCACCAACCUCCAAAUUCCGACCUCGAAUUUAAGCAACCAUCAACAUCAAAUUUUCACAUAAAAUGGUAAACUUAACAAACUAUUGAUUGUCAGUCAGAAGUUGAAUAUUUAGUGACUAGGAAUUUCUUCGAAUUGUUUGAAUUUGCUUAGCAGGCCUAUUUUUGUGUACAAAUCUGGAGAAAAUUCUGUAAAAUACAAACAAAUAGGAUUAAAUUUAUGUAGUUCUUAUGAAUACUUAGGGUGUAAUAAUAUGUGUGAUACUGAUCUAAUCCAAAUUAGAGUAGAGACCAAAGUUUGUUGCUCUUUAUAAAUAACUUGUAUUUUAGUGAAAUAGAAGACUAGAGUGCUUUAGCUAGCAAUCGUAAACAAGAACACAACUGUAACCUUAAAAGCCAGCCUGUGUCUGCUCCUACCAAUAUCUUUACAACCAUUUGAAAAGUUCAGUUGUUUUUAAUAUAUAUUUUGUAUUUUAGAAAAAGUUUAAUAAAGUAAUUUUAUAAUCCCUUAACUCAUCUAUUUAGAAUCUAAGUUAGUGAUACCUUUUUCAGAAUUCCCACUAUGAGAGAGGGAGGUCACCCCUCAGGAUCCACUACCACCAAUAUUACAAAAAAUAUGUAUAGUUUUGUCCAUGUAAUCUAGCGAGAUUAAAGAAAUCCUUAUGAUUAUAUCCAUAGUAAGCUUAUCUUAGUCUCUGUGUGCUUAGAUAUUUUUUUUCCACACCAGAUAUUAUAUUUGAAUGAUAUGAGAAGUUUUAGGCUUUUAGCUAAUUCGAUAAAACAUGUGAACAAUAUAGGGCAAAAUAAAUGCCCUAAUAAAACAUGCAAGUGAGAAAAGGGUCAAGUUGUCCAUAAACAACGUGAAAAAACAACAAGCUGUCUAUCACUAAAGAAAAAGGGGAAAAAGCGACCAAAGUUUAUGUGUAAGUCAUUAAAAGUCAUUAAAAUGAUAUAAAAAAAAACUCUUCUGCUUUUGCAGGUAUUGUUCCAAAAGUAUAAUCACAUUAUUAUCUGUUUUCCAUGAAAUUAACAGGUAUUUACUGUUGAUUUAUGUUUUAGUUCACUAGGACAUCCUGUUCUUUUGGAUGAAAUGUGAAAAGGUUACAUGAUAUUCUUGCUAAAGUUAAAAUCAUAUAAUCUUGGUAAUCUACAAAUAUUGGUAGGUUGUCGACUUGUUUCGAAUCUUAUUGUUUUUUUUUUAAUAAGUAACUGAAAAUUCUUAGAUUUGGGUACAGAAUCUUGUCCUAAUCCAAGUGAAGAGACUUUUAAUUUAAGUAAUCACCACUUUCCGAAAGUAAAAAGAAGAAUACAUAGAAACAAAGUGACAAAAAAAUGUACAUAGUAACAAAGUGAUUUUACUACUGUGGUUUGUAACAAAGUAGUUGUCCAAAAAAAAAGUAACAAAGUGAUUGUACUACUGUGGUUUUAGGUUAUGACUGUAAAGCACUUAUAGAGUAAAAAAAAUUAGGUGGAAAACAUUUUACUCCUAAUUACUCUACAAGUUUGCCAAUCAAGUAAAAACAGUAUUUAUAUCUUUUCCUCUAGUUACUAUUCAGAUAGAGUAAAAUGUACUUACAACUUUACUCUCUCACAUAUAAGAGUAAACAUAUUUACUCCAAUUUCUUCUCUUUCUCACUUUUAGGUUGUGAUUGGUAACUCAAUGAAGUAAAAAAGACGGAGUAAAAUGGAGUAACAGAGUAAAAAAGAAAAAUGUAAAUUAGAGUAAAUAAUAACAAAAAGUUGUUGCGCUGGAUUUCACAUGGUAAAUAUAUUAAAACAUAAAAACACAAAUACACAAACACAACAAGAUUUUUUUACAUUUUUAUUGUCAAGUGAAAGAUAAUUGUAAAAAAAAACUAAAGAUAAAAUAAAUUAUUAAUAAUAACAUUUUUUUAAAAAAAAUCUUUCAUGAAAUAUAACUAUUUGAUAUUAAAAUAAAAUCAUGAGAAAAUUCAAAGGUUGAUCUUAAAAACUUAAAAACAAAAAUCAAACAAGACAAAUCAAGAUGUCAAAAUAUUAAAAAACCAAAAAUUUUAUUUAAUUUUCAAAUAGUUCUAUUUUAUGAAAGAAUUUAAAAAAUAAUAAUAAUAGAAAGAUAAGUUUGGAAAGAAAAGUAUAUAUGAAAAUCUAUAAUAAUCAAUGACAAUUUAUACAAUACAUUGGGUAAGAAUUCAUCAAAUCUACUUAACUUUUAAAAAUCUAUUAACUCUUAAAAUUUUUAAACUCCACACAAAUUCUAUUUCCAAUAGACCUCCUAAAAGACAAACAACUUUAGCGCAACCGAGAGUAAAACAUUUUCUUUCACUUUUCACCUGACUGGCUAUAGAAAAGCGUAACACAGCUGAAAAAUAUUUUACUCUCAGAUAUUUACUCUAACUUGACCUUUCAGUCACACCCUUAUUUUUCUUCUCUUUUCCACCUAUUUAUUUUUCUCCUAUUUACUCUAAAAAUAUCUAGAAAUAUCCAAUCACACUUGGUGAUCGAUUCUUACUGAUUGCAUAGACUUAGUCACUACAAAUUCUGGAUUUUGAUAUAGAAAACCUAUGAUUGUUGCUUAUGAAGUUUCAAAUAAUCUAAUAACCAAAAUGAGUCAGCAGGAAAUGAAAUGAUAGGUUAUAAUUAUAUAGGUCCCAUGUUAUAGAGACACUUGAAUAUAAUCCUUAAGCAUUAUAAAGUUUCUAUUCAUCUUGUUUAGUGGAACCUCAUCACCUGCUUACUCACUUGUUUCCUUUUGAUUAUAUUUAAAGAACCAUAAGGAAUAUAUACCCUUGUAUUUUAUAUAACCCAAAAGGCUCUUUCUUUCAACCACUUCCACUUCCUGAUGAUGUGCAUAAUUAUGUAUUCACAUCACAUGUGAUAUGUGUACAGUAUAAGUUUCUUAAGUCAUCAUAACUCACCCUUGUUCAUGAAUAUAUAUGUUGAAUUGAAAUUUGUAAUCUAUAAUUAAAAAGGUUGCUACAUGAUAUAUAAACAUGCUACCAUAGUAUACAUUUUACAAGAAAAGAAAACAAAUUUAAACACUUUAUAUCAGAAGAGAAUCCCAGUCCAAAUCCAAUAUGGUUGCACAGUUACCUGCUUUUGGGUAGAUACACGCAUACACAUGAUAUAUAUAUACCAUAGCUCCUCUUAUGCCUCCUCAGCUUCCAUCAUAACUCUCAUUUCUCAUUUGCUUUUUUUUAUCUGUUGAGUUUGAUUUCUAGAAACUAAAAGUUAUGAUUGAUCCUCAAUCACCAAUCUCACCUCACCUAUACCCACAAGCAAUUCAACUCAAACUUUACCAAGCCUUCAUCUUCUCCAUUCCCAUCUUAUUCUCCAUCAUUCUCUUCCUCUUGUUCUAUCUUUUUUACCUUAAGAGAAGAGCCUCUUCUCUCUCCCCACCUUCUCCAAUGACUCUUCCUGUUUCCUCGAGCCACCAGGCUUCUCCUCAUCUCCCCUCGGUUUGUUUGUUAGAUGUGAAAGUAGAGCUGAAAGGAAAGCUUCAUGUGGUUUUGUUCAAUGAGGAAUUAGGAACAAGAGAUUCUCUAUGUUGCGUAUGUUUGGGAGAAUUCGAGUUGAAGGAAGAGUUGGUGGAAAUGCCUUCAUGCAAACACAUAUUUCAUCUCGAUUGUAUUCACCUUUGGCUUUAUUCUCACACCACUUGCCCUCUCUGUCGUUCCUCUGUCUUAAUCUCUUCGACCAAAACCUCUGUCGACGACGACAACAACCAACCAGAUUCUCUUGAAACGUCACCGGUUUGACUUAUUAACCCCGAAGAAAUAAGCAGUUACAAGUUUUGUUAGUCAAUAGAUCAAAUACAAAAUGUAAAUCUUAAUUUUGUUGUUCAAGAGAUGAACAUGUAUACCAUCACAUUACAUAUUGGUUACAUAGAUAGAAAAGGUUUAAAGUUUUAAAAGUCAA